CUCGGCUGCGCUAUGACGACGACGAUUCUUCCCAUUUCCGAAGAAGAUCCGUUUCUCUCCGUCGUCCGAUUCACUUCCCAGCUCGCCGAGGCUUCAGAGCUUUGUAGAGAAGCUGAGGAGCUCAUAGUAGCACGGAAGUGGUUGGAUUUAGCUUCUUUACUAGUAGCUUCAGCUGAAUUGGAAUCUUCCAAGAUUUCUGAAAAAGAUUUUGAGUGUACCUACACGAUCAUUUGCAGCCUUGUCAAGAAUGUGAAUAGCCCUGAGGAUGUCCUCGAAAUGGUGAAAGCUAUUUCUUCUAAGCUUGUUCAGCAACCAGAUGACAAAGCUUCAGUUCGUUUGAAGAUCCUCUUCAAUCUAUAUAGCCUUCUGGAUCACCCAUAUGCUCGUUUUCAAAUCUACAUGAAAGCUUUAACCCUGGCUGUUGCUGGGAAGGUUACUGAGUACAUAAUUCCUUCUUUUAAGAAGAUUGAUAGCCUUUUGGAAGAGUGGAAUAUUGACAUUAAAGAUCAGAGAGAACUCUUCCUUGCCGUUGCUAAUGUACUGAGAGAAAACAAAAGCUUGGUGAAAGAAUCCCUUAAGUUUUUGACAAAGUAUCUAGCGACUUUCUCCAAUGAGGAUGCUCAGACCUUAGUUGAAGCUAAGGAAGGGGCUGUGCGUGCAGUUAUUGAAUUUGUAAAGGCUUCCAGCAUCUUCCAGUGUGAUUUAUUGGACUUGCCAGCCGUAGCACAACUAGAGAAGGAUGCUAAAUAUGCACCAGUUUACCAGCUACUGAAGAUCUUUCUUACUCAGAGGCUUAAUGCUUACAAAGAAUUCCAAGCUGCAAAUUCAGAAUGUCUGCAAAGCUAUGGACUUGUCGAUGAAGAUUGUGUAACAAAGAUGAGAUUGUUGUCACUAGUGCACUUAGCGUCAGAUGAAACCGGAAAAAUACCUUACACCUCAAUUAAAGACGCCCUACAGGUAAAGGGAGAGGAGGUUGAACUAUGGAUUGUGAAGGCAAUAAAAGCGAAGCUUAUUGAUUGUAAGAUGGAUCAGAUGAACCAAGUUGUCAUUGUCAGCCGCUGUUCCGAGCAUAAAUUUGGGUCAGAUGGCGUGUUUUCCCGUAGAAAGAUGCCUCCGAUCAUGAUGUUCUCUUUCUGGUUACUCUGUAUCACAACCUUUCUACCCGGGAGAAUCACAGUAUUAGCUGAUUCGGACAAAUCGGUGCUGCUUCGGUUUAAGGAAAAGGUAUCGGAUCCUGGUUCGAUUCUCGCUAGUUGGGUCAAUGAGAGCGAAGACUACUGCUCCUGGUUUGGCGUAUCUUGCGAUUCUACCUCCCGAGUCAUGGCUCUUAAUAUCAGUGGCUCUGGAAGCGAUAAGGGGAGCUCUAAAAUUAGUCGAAACCGUUUCACUUGUGCUGAUAUUGGCAAGUUUCCGUUGUAUGGGUUUGGUAUUAGGAGGAGUUGCGUCGGAAAUCUUGGAACUUUGGUUGGGAAUUUGCCUUCUGUCCUCGUAGGUCUCACAGAACUUAGGUUUUUGUCUCUACCCUUCAAUUCGUUUAACGGAGAGAUUCCAGCUGAAAUAUGGGGAAUGGAGAAGCUGGAAGUUCUUGAUCUUGAAGGGAAUUUGAUGACCGGGUCAUUGCCUGUUCAGUUUACCGGGUUACGGAGUUUGCGGGUCAUGAAUCUAGGGUUUAAUAGAUUUUCAGGUGAAAUCCCUAGUUCUCUGCAGAAUCUUACCAAGUUGGAGAUUCUGAACUUAGGUGGUAACAAGCUUAAUGGAACUGUUCCUGGUUUUGUCGGGAGAUUCAGAGUGGUGCACUUGCUUUUAAACUGGCUUGAAGGCUCUUUGCCUAAAGAUAUUGGUGAGAACUGUGGAAAGCUUGAGCAUUUAGAUCUGUCUGGUAAUUUCUUAUCCGGGAGGAUUCCAGAGAGUUUGGGGAAUUGUCGUGGUUUGAAGUCAUUAUUGUUGUAUAUGAAUACGUUGGAAGAGACCAUCCCUUCAGAGUUUGGGAACCUUGGGAAGCUUGAGGUUUUGGAUGUUUCGAAGAACACUCUGAGUGGUCCAUUACCUGCAGAGCUUGGGAAUUGCUCCUCCUUGUCUGUUCUUGUACUAUCGAACUUGUACAAUGUGUAUGAAGACAUUAGCAGCGUUAGAGGGGAGUCAGAUCAACCUCCAGGCGCUGAUUUAACCUCCAUGACCGAAGAUUUCAAUUUCUAUCAAGGAGGGAUUCCGGAAGAAAUCACUAGGCUUCCAAAGCUAAAGAUACUUUGGGUGCCGAGAGCUACCUUAGAAGGGAGGUUUCCAGGAGAUUGGGGGUCAUGUCAAAGCUUGGAGAUGGUUAAUUUAGGGCAGAACUUCUUUAAGGGAGAGAUUCCUGUAGGUCUUAGUAAAUGCAAGAACCUUCGUCUUCUUGAUUUGAGCUUGAAUAUGCUUACCGGAGGGCUUCUCAAAGAGAUGUCGGUUCCUUGCAUGAGUGUCUUUGACGUUGGCGGAAACAGCUUAUUUGGUUUAAUCCCGGAGUUUCUCAGCAAUACUACAACCUCUUGUCCUCCUGUAGUUUACUUUGACAGGUUUACUAGCGAAUCUUAUAUCACCGACCCUACGUCUGUUUAUCUCUCCUUCUUCACCGAGAAGGCUCAAGUUGGAGCUUCCCUAACUGCUGUUGGGGGUGACGGAGGUCCGGCUGUGUUUCAUAACUUCGCAGACAACAACUUCACUGGAACUCUCAAGUCUGUACCACUUGCACAAGACCGGUUUGGAAAGAGUAUCUCUUAUAUAUUUUCUGGUGGAGGGAAUCAGUUGUACGGGCAAUUCCCUGGAAAGCUGUUUGAUAGCUGCGACAAACUCAAAGCUGUUUACGUCAACGUAAGCUUCAACAAGCUCUCAGGUCGGAUUCCUGAAGGGCUCAGCAACAUGUGUACUUCUCUUAAGAUUCUUGAUGCGUCCUUUAAUCAGAUCUUUGGGACAAUUCCUUCGAGCCUUGGGGAUCUAUCUUCUCUUGUUGCACUUAAUCUGAGCUGGAAUCAGUUGCAAGGUCAUAUACCGGGAAGCCUUGGGAAGAAGAUGAAUGCUUUGACGUUUCUUUCGUUUGCUAAUAAUAACCUGACGGGGCAAAUCCCUGAGAGUUUUGGUCAGUUGCAUUCCCUGCAAGCUCUUGAUCUCUCUUCAAAUUAUCUAUCCGGCGGUAUUCCUCAUGAUUUCGUCAACUUGAAGAAUCUCACUGUGCUGCUUCUCAACAACAACAACCUCUCUGGACAAAUCCCCUCGGGUUUCUCUACUUUUGCGGCAUUCAAUGUCUCCUCCAACAAUCUAUCAGGUCCUGUUCCUCCAACCAAUGGAUUGACCAAAUGCAGCAGUGUGGUUGGAAACAUGUAUCUUCAGCCUUGCCGUGUGUUCUCUCUGACAACACCAUCUUCGGAUCCCAGAGGCCCCAUGGCAGAUUCUAGCACGCAGGAUUACGCAUCUUCCCCUGUUGAAAACGCUCCAUCUCAGAACUCAGGAAAAGAAGGGUUCAACUCGCUAGAGAUUGCUUCCAUAGCAUCUGCGUCAGCCAUUGUCUCAGUUCUGAUCGCUCUUGUGAUUCUCUUCUUCUACACGAGGAAAUGGCAUCCGAAAUCAAAGGUCAUGGCUACGACAAAACGAGAAGUCACUAUGUUCAUGGACAUGGCAGUUGCAAUAACCUUUGACAACGUUGUUAGAGCCACGGGAAACUUCAAUGCGAGCAAUCUGAUCGGUAACGGCGGGUUUGGAGCAACGUACAAAGCUGAAAUCUCUCAAGAAGUUAUCGUCGCUAUCAAACGCCUCUCCAUUGGACGGUUCCAAGGCGUCCAACAGUUCCAUGCAGAGAUAAAAACUCUCGGUAGGCUUCGACACCCGAACCUCGUCACUCUCAUUGGUUACCACGCGAGCGAAACCGAGAUGUUCUUGGUUUACAACUAUCUCCCGGGAGGCAACCUCGAGAAGUUCAUCCAAGAGCGAUCCACAAGAGCUGUAGAUUGGAGAAAUCUUCACAAGAUCGCUCUUGACAUAGCUAGAGCUCUUGCUUACCUCCAUGACCAGUGCGUCCCACGUGUUCUUCACCGUGAUGUCAAACCAAGCAACAUCCUCUUAGACAAUGAUCACAACGCUUACUUAUCGGAUUUUGGAUUAGCGAGGUUACUCGGGACAUCAGAAACACACGCAACAACAGGAGUAGCGGGUACGUUCGGAUACGUAGCACCCGAGUACGCGAUGACUUGUCGGGUUUCAGAUAAAGCGGAUGUAUACAGCUACGGAGUGGUGCUUCUGGAGCUGCUUUCAGACAAGAAAGCGCUUGAUCCGUCGUUUGUUUCGUACGGUAAUGGAUUCAACAUUGUGCAGUGGGGUUGUAUGUUGUUGAAACAAGGACGGGCCAAGGAGUUUUUCACGGCAGGUUUAUGGGAUGCUGGUCCGCACGAUGAUCUCGUUGAGGUUCUGCAUUUAGCGGUUAUUUGUACUGUGGAUUCUCUAUCUACAAGGCCAACUAUGAAGCAAGUUGUACGGCGGUUGAAGCAGCUUCAGCCUCCGUCGUGUUAGCUCUUCCCCCAGUAAUUUGUAUUUGAUUAUUUUUUAAUUUGUACAGUUGUAAACAUACUUGUGUAGUUAACAUGUUGUGUAGUAGUUAGAAGAAGAGAUGUAAUAUAUUAAGAGAAAGGUAUAGAAAGUUUAAUCCCUCUCUCUUUGGUCUCUCUAAGUUGAAGUUGAAGCCAUGAACUUGUGUUCUUUGAUUAGGCUGCAGAGGCAGAAAUCACGAGAGGCUAUGUAGGGAGGAUGAGGAGUUCAUAGUAGCAAGAGUUGUUAUAUGUUCAAUGCUUAAUUUAUAAAUAAUAUACCUCUCAUUUGUUGUCAAUAGAAAUUC